CCUCUUCUCAUUGCACUCAUUCAUGCAGUUACCAAGGUGCUUUACGGAUUCCAUACACAGCAAGCUGCGAUACUAAACUUUUCAUGAAAACUUAGCAUGAACAGCAUUCAAGCGGCGCCCCUCAACUGAAGCGUGGACCUUUCUCAUAAAAUACUGAACUUGUCAUUGAGUUGUAGCUUACUGGUUGUGCGGGUUAUAAAAUCCACAGAAAAACAAACGCAAGACCUACGGAAACGACAGCAGACAGUUACCACUCUCUCAUCACUAAUUUGGAUAAAGCAACGGUCUUGGACGAGCCUAUCUUCAACUUCGUCAGCACUUGUUGUCUUGAAGCGGUUAACAUACUGUAUGUUCAAUUAGGUCCACAUUUCAUGUAAACCAGUGAAAUUACAAACUAAAUAGAACUUCAUAGAUUUGGAAUACACCUGCAUCAUGACACGAAGAUCUUGUGCGAUGUACGCGACCGCAAUUAUCAGCGCACAUCUGCUGAUUGUCGGAAUUGCUUUGGUCGUGGGCCAAGUCUUCCAGACUUUAAUUCAAAACCGUCUGAAGGCGGAGAUUGUACUGAAAGAGGGCAGUAGGGUGUUUGAGACAUGGAAGAAUCCACCUCCUCCUGUCUUCAUGGAGUUCUUUUUCUUCAAUGUCACCAAUGCAGAUGAUGUCCUUGCCGGGAAAGACAAGCCCAGUGUUGUUGAGGUUGGACCUUACACCUACAGAGAGUACAGACCAAAGGACAAUGUGACCAUGGUGGAGAAUGCGACCAGAGUAUCUGCCAUCACUCCAAAGACUUUCCACUUCCUACCAGAAAAGUCAGUUGGAGAUCCUGAUCUUGACUUCAUAACAACUGUUAACAUCCCUGCAGUGGCAGUGAUGAACCAAGUGAAAGGCAGUUUUUUGAAGGCCACCAUGCUGUCCAUGUAUAUGAACUCGAUAAGUGCUGGCGUGUUCACGACACGUUCUGUGAACGAGCUCCUUUGGGGUUAUAAGGAUCCUCUGCUUUCAUAUGUCAAAACCAUGAAGCCUGAGGUGGAUGAGUACUUUGGCCUUAUGCUUAAUAAAAAUGGAAGUAAUGAUGGAGUGUUUGUGUACCACACUGGAGAGGAGAACUACUUGGACUAUGGCAGAGUUGAAUCCUGGAAGGGGGAAAAGCAGUUGUCAUGGUGGGCAUCCAACCAGAGUAACAUGAUUAAUGGCACAGACGGCAGCGCAUUUCACCCCUUUUUGACCAAGGAAGAACGUUUGGAUGUCUUCACAGCAGACCUUUGCAGAUCCAUCCACAUGCGCUUUGAGAAGGAAGUGGAAGUGAAGGGCAUCCAGGCAUAUCGCUUCACUCCGCCACGUGAGGUGUUUGCCGACCCGUCGGAGAACCCUGCCAACGCUGGCUUCUGUCUUCCAAAAGAAAAAUGCCUAAAAACCGGUGUGCUCAGCAUCAGCGUAUGCCGCAAAGGUGCCCCUGUUGUCGCCUCCUUCCCUCACUUUUACCUGGGUGAUGAGACGUAUGUGGAUGCCAUUGAGGGACUGUCUCCAAACAGGGAGCACCAUCAAACUUUCCUGGACCUGAACCCUACCACUGGAGCCCCGGUCCGCGCCUGUAAGAGAGCCCAGAUAAACAUCUUUCUCGAGAGAAUCAGUGGAUUCCCCCAAACAAAGAAGUUGACUGGCAUCGUCUUCCCGGUCUUAUUCCUUAACGAGUCGGUGGUGGUUGACGACGUGACGGCUGCCAAGCUGCACAAGCUGUUGCUAAUGGUGACGCUGGUGUCACACUUCCCCUUACUCAUCGUGGGGCUGGGAGUCCUUAUGUUUCUCAUCACCCUAAUUCUCAUCAUACAGUUCUGCCGGGCCAAGACCCCAGGAAAGAAGGACACAGUUUACUCACCCGUGAGCAGUAAAGAAAAAGAGGAAGACCCCUUGGAAAAUAAUACCAAGAAUGGCACCUACAUUGGCUUGUCCCCUGUGGAGAUGCCAAAGUCCUGAGCUGCAACGGACGUUGAUUUUGGGUCCUGUGUGUGUGAUUGAGUGUGUCUGCAAGAGUGAGCGAGUGAGUGAAUGAGCAAGUGAGUGAGUGAGUGAGCA